AUGGAGCGACGAGCAAUACUAAUGCUACUAGUGACCGUCGUCAUGUUCAUGUUUCUGACGAGGGACGACGUCGUCGUCAUGGGCGAUAGCCAUUCAUGCUUCGGUGGCGAAAUCAGCGACGACGGGACCCACUCGGCCUACGUGGCGCACGUGCUGUCGGAGCUGGCGACGGUCACGCCCACCAUCCCUCCGCUCGUGGACGUCACGAUUUUCCCCGGCAACGGCGCCAUUGGCUCCGUCGCGGGCAUUGCGACGUGCUCCGAUCCCAAUGACCCCGGCCUCUGCGCAAGCUGCCUGUCGGAGCUUCAGCAGUUGCUUUUGGGUUCUUGCUCCACUUGGGCCGCCGGCUACGCUGAACAAGACUCCGUUUGCGACAUGCGUUUCAGAAUCGCGUAA